GAGAGAGAGAGAGAAAGGCCGGCGCGCGCCUUAUGGACGUCGCCUGCUGAAUUGGAUGCGCCCAUUGCGAGAAGAGGCCCCUGGGCUCCGCGGCUCCGUUGGGGCGACCAGCCCGGGGAGCGCUUUCUUCUUCGCCGACGACGCCGGGUGCAACCUUGAGGGAAAGCGAAGAAACAACUCCACAUCUCCUGUCCCCUUUAUGGGUUCUUUGGAAGAAAGGAAAAACUGAAAACAUCUAAAGACACCAAAACCGGCACAGGAGCUUCCAGGCCUGCCUCUCCCUUUCAGGGCAAGGCACAAAGCCAUGGAAAGGGGUUUGGAAAAUUCUGGAAGAGUCCCACGCAUUGUCCAGGUGAUGUAUUUUAAAGGGUUGACAAGGCAGCCGAACCAACAGCCAGAAGUGGGCUUACCCCAGCAGCAGUGGGAAACCCAGUGGCAGGAAUUUCUGAACACGCUGCAACCUGCCCACACGAGCUGGGGAAACUUCCCGUUAACUGAUAUGGCGCCCUGGGAUGACGCGCAGGCGUUUCUGAAGGCCUUCGAACAAGUGGCCGAAGCUUGCCAGUGGCCCCGCGAAGAAUGGGUGCGCCAGCUGCUGCCAGCCUUGCGGGGAGGGAUGGAGCAAUCCUUCUGCAGACUGGAUGCCCGGGACAGGACCGACUACGUGAAGGUGAAGGCCGCCAUCCUGCGAGCGGAUGCUUUCCGCAUGGAAAUGAAGCGCCAGCACUUCCGGCAGUGCUGCUACCAGGAGCUGGAAGGACCCCGCAGGGUGUACGGCCAACUCCAGGAUCUUUGCCGCCAGUGGUUGAAACCUGAGAGCCACACCAAGGAGCAGAUCCUAGAGAUGAUCAUCCAGGAACAGCUUCUGGGGAUGCUGCCCGCUGAAGCCCAGAACUGGGUGCGGGAAUGCGGGCCGAAGGACUGCGUUGAGAUGGUGGCGUUGGCAGAAGAAUUCCUGAUGAGUCAUCGUCACACACCCAGGACCUGGCAGGUUCCUUUGCCAGAGUCCUCAGUUAGUUCCCUGGAGCCUGAGGGGAGGCAGAGGCUGCACUACCCCCCUGGAGCCAGUGAAGUGACACCCACAAGGAACUCGACUGUAGCCCCCCCAUCAUCAGCUGGACUGGAAAUGGCUGCGACUGGAACCACUGAGGAACCUGCACGUGUGAAGGAGGAGUUAGGUCUCGAUGAGAAGCCCAUACACUGGGAAGUCAUGCGUGGGAGUGGCAGCAGCUCCAUUGCUGUGGAGGGACUCCUGGUUCCUACACCCGAAGUCAACCCCCAGACUGAUCAACCACAAGCCACCUUCCAGGAAAGGCCUGAACCCGGGGCCCAAAUUCCUGAUGCCCUAUUUGGUGGAAGAAUCAUAGGGGAGAUCAAAAUAGAGACUUUCCAGCAGGCCGUUUCAGAGACAGAAGAUGACUUUGAUGCCCUGCAAGAAGAGGAAUCCUGGGGCACCACUUCCUUGAAUCCGGAGUCUUCCCCGCUUGAUCCCGAGAAACCACGGGGCGCAAAGCAGCAGGAAGAGGGGCAGAAGAAGAAAUGCCCCCGGCGUCGGAGAAAAACUGUUAAGAAAAAAAACAAAUAUUACCCACCAGAGAAAAAGCACGCCUGUCCUGAAUGUGGACACAAAACUUACUAUUACUCGGAUCUGCUAAGACAUAUGAAACGCCACGAAGCAAAAGAGCUGUUCAAGUGUCUUGAAUGUGGGAAAACAUACCGAGGCCGGGCGUAUUUUGAGAAUCACCAGAAGAUUCACCUUCCACCGGAUGAUCCCAACAAACGCGUGAGAAGAGCCGGGACGAGAAAAUCUGGCUGCCAAAUGAAAGGGGAAUACACCUGCUUUAAAUGCGGUGUCGUUAAAAGUAGCCCGUCAGGACUUGCUGAACACGUGAAAGUCCACAGCGAUGAGAGAGCUUACCAAUGUCCCGAGUGUGGCAAGUUGUUCAAGUGGCAAUCCAACUUGUCUCGGCACCGAAGACUCCACACCUUCAAGAGGUUUUCCUCACGACAGUUAAUGCGCAGAGGUGCCAAUGAAUCUAAUCAGGGCCAAAGCAAUUCUACGCAGGAGCAAAAUUCCCCGCUGGAAUUGCUGGGAGAGCUUUCCACCGUGUCGCUGAUUGCUGUCAGCGAUGCUAACCCCGUUUCCAAGCCGCGCCCGAGGAAGUCCCGAGAAGUGGAGCUCUCUCAAAUGUAUGGGCUGAAAACCAUAAAGGUGAUGCUGAAGAAACUUCGGAGCCCUCAGAAAGGGGAAUCCAAGGGCCCCGAUGAUUGCGAUCGUAGAGCUACUGAGCUUUCCAAAACCAUUAGAUGCAAUACAGGGCAGAGGUCCUACGAUUGCUCUGAUUGUGGGGCAGCCUUCAGCAGGCCAUCUCAUCUCUAUCCGCAUGAGAAAGGCACUGCGUGUCGUAAAACGAGGCCCAUUCCCGAUUCCAAUUUUGCAGAGGAGGAGAUGACCUGUCGAGGAGAGGAAGCGUCGAGAAGUACGUGUCCUCUGCAGCAAGACAUCAAAUUGGAAGAGGAAGAUGGAGCAUAUCCACCUAGCGAUGAUCAGCUUUCUCCGGCGACCUCUCAGGAGGAAGAACAAACUGCGAACGAGGCCUCCGAACAGCGGAACACGAAAAUGCACGGCUGCACAAAAUGCGGCUACCAAGCGGAAAAAUUAUCAGACAUUCUGAAGCACUUCAGGGUCCAUAACAAGGAAAAACCUUACAGAUACUUGGACUGCGGGAAUUCCUUUGGAUGGUCCUCAAACCUCACGAAACAGCAACAAACCCCUGUAGCCAGUCAGCAAACGCCGGUGCCCAACGUUGUUGUUGCCGAAUGCGACGUGACGCUUAGUGAUGAUGAGGAGUUGAUUAACUACUUAGGGAAGAAGCCUCCGCGGCAAGAAGCGGGCUUGCAGAACGGUCCAAAGAGAUCAUCCAAACGCUCUCCGGGUUCUACAGCUUCCAGGUUGAAGGCCUCGCUCCCGUUACGUUCCAAGGAAUGGAACGGAAAAGGCAAACCCGCCAGUCACGUUAACGAGGGGAAAAAAAACCGGUAUGACGGUAUGGAGAAGAAACACGAGUGUCUGGAUUGCGGGCAUCGAACCUAUUACCUGUCCGAUCUCGUGCGGCACAAAAGGGUUCACCCCAAAGGGAAGCCUUACAAGUGCCCAGAUUGCGAGAAAAUCUUCGUCCAGCCUUCCUUCCUCAAAGUACACCUGAAAACACACAAGACGCGAGGGAAACACAUGAAAAGGCUAAAAGCCUCCCAAGGAGAGAGGAAAUACACCUGCUCCAAAUGCGGACACAAAACCUAUAAAUUAUCCACUCACCUCUUGCAUGUGAGAGCCCACGUGGGGGAAAGCGAGAAGUCUUACUUAUGUGACGAGUGUGGGAAAUGUUUCAAGAGGAGCUCGAACCUUUCCAGGCACAAGCAAAUCCACUUGUUCAACAAAGGCAUUAAAGCCAACGACGGCAUUAAGAUCAGAAGACCCUCCUACACCAUGGAUAAAGAGAUAAACAGAGGUUAUGAGGCACCAAAGAAAAGCACUCAAGUCCAUCUAAAGAAAAUAGGAGGUCCAUCGGCAGCCUCAACCGCAUCGAACAUGGCGGCGCUGCGUAAACAUUGGCGCAAUUACAAGCGGCAGCAGCGGGAAAAGGCGGCAGCCAAGAAACGGAAGGCAGACGAGAAGCUGAAAAUGGAAGAGAGCGCGAAGGAGAACAUCGGAGUGAAGGAGGAAACGAAGGAGGAAACAAAGGAGGAAACAAAGGAGGAAACAAACGAGGAGACAAAGGAGGAGACAAAGGAGGAAACGAAGAAGGAAACGGAGGAGAAACGUACUCCAGAAUUAUCCCUCCGGGCCCGGCUGGAAAGAUUUGCCUAUUCCAAAAACAGAGGAAAAGAGAACAGCCAGGAAGAACGGGCACCAGAUCCAAAAGUCUCAGCAGAGGAGCAACAUCAGGAAUGUACUGUGUGUGGGAAGAACUUCACCUACGAUGGUCAGCUUACCGAUCACCAGAACCUGCACACCGAAGCGAAACCUCACAGAUGCAACGAAUGUCGGAAAUGAUUUCUGAAGAUUUGAUUUAACGCACGUGCUUGCACAGUGAACAUCGCUCGUGAAAGAAGACAGACAGCACUUCACAACCACAUGGGACCUCUCUCCCGACGGACCCCUCCCUUCGGGCAACCCAGAAGGCCGACUUGUCAAUCUUCCUGCGAGCACGGUCUGAUCCGCAGAGAUGAGCAACCUUCGAACAAGUAGAUGCCGCUGCUUGAUUUCUGCAGAUUAAGCACCCAGCAACAAUAACCUGUGGGGGGCGCCAGCUGCUGACUCUACUGUCUUCUUACAAAUCCUCUUCCUCCCCCUCCCCCCCCCCAAAAAAAAAACUAGUCUUGGGUGUUGACGUCCUUUUGAGCAUUUGGAAACUUCAGAGAUGUUCUCUGGAGACAUUGUAGGGUGGGAAGUCCGUUCUCAGCUAUCAGCCAAUAAUAGCAGAACAGUAUUUGAGAUACUGCAUCCAUUCCCCCCCCCCCCCCCCCCGGUUUUCGUCCCCUUCUGUGUUGCAUAACCCUCUCAUUCUGCACUCCUUCGUGGGAAGGGAGUUCACAUAGUCCCUCAAGAAGUCUGAUUUUCUGAGCCUCACAACCGAAUUCAAAACUCGCUCUGACUUCCAACCGUUGCUUCGAGAAAAGGCUUAGAAGGAGAGUCGUUUUUCAAGGGUUUGGGCAGAGGCAAAGAGUUAUCUGACGAGCAGUGAAUUGCAAUAGUGGUUUUUUAAAAAAAGGCAAAAUAGGUGUGUUUCUUUUAAAGAAUUCAAUUUGCGUCCCCGUAGACUCUUCAUGUUUUGUAUCUUAGGUUCCCCCGUUAAAAGUGAUUCCACACGGUUCCAUGUCAAGUAUGGCUGGGAAGGCUAUUUAAAAUAUACAUUGUUAAAUAUUUUAGGUUUGCUUCUCCCCCCCCCCCCCCCGUUUAAUCAAAAUUAAGGAAAAGAGUGGAGUCCAAAAAAGUAAGGAACUGGAAGUGAAGGAGUUGUGUUGUUAUUGUCCACAAAGAAUGGCGAAAGGGACACUGUACCUUAACUAUUGAGCCAAAACUCAAGCUUUCAGAUUGGUUUUCUCCAUCCUGACAUUUUUGGAUCACUUGAAGCCUAGUUAAGAUGACGAAGGGCUUGUCCUGAGGUGUGUUACCAAGUGGGCAUGCCUCACUCUUUUAAAAAAAACGAACACCUCUUGGUAAAUAUACUCCAAAUAAAAUCUUUCCACAGGUUUCACCUAGUAUGGAGUCGAGUGGGACAUUGGAGGAUUAUGGAUAUAGGACUAUUGUCAGCUCUACUUCAGCAAAGGCCUUCGGCCCUUUCUCUUUCGAUGUACCACAGCCUCGCCUGAGGAGAAAGAGGACUUCCAACUUCCUUCCUUCAGCUUUAUUUUAAUCUGCAACCGGUUUUGUUUCUGCCAAGGGUGGCGGCCAUUUUCGGCAGGGUGCAAAACGCUCUUCACAAAUGCCGAAAGCUUUGUGACUUCUCCCAAGUAACUAAAAACCUGAAGAGCAAGCAAAGCAGCCAGGUUGGUGCCUGCUGGCUCAGCUCACAGCCUGGACAUCGUCACCAAGUCCUACAAGAAACAGUCCCAAAGAGCUGAUUGGGUUUGAGUUGACAACGGAAAAGAGUUGAAGGAAUCCAGAGGAGGAAUGGCAGAGAACUAGUUUGGGGCAAAAUAUUAGGGAAAACAGCUUUUUUAAACAAAAUACUUUGGGGCAGUGAAAUAGACUUUUUUAAAAGUGCAGCUUCUUGCUGGGAAGGUUUUGGCUGCGAUCCAUCCGUCAACCAUCUUAGAGGAGCGAAAAGGCACACGAUGAAGUAGGAUGGGGAUUUAAGAAGGACAGCCACUAAAAGUCCUGCCUGCUCGUCCUGAACUCAAGUUUUCCAACUCCACACACUUUUUCCUCUCUUAGGUCUCCCCGACGUCUUUUUUUUCUCCCCCCCCUCCUCCAAUUUUCUUAAAACCCAUCUUCACCGUAAUACAAGAAUCAAGAGCCUUCCUCAUUUUUUAAAAAAAACUUUGUUUGGUUUCUAGUGGGUUUAAU